AUGCGACCGAUUCUACCCAAACUCAAUAUUGACGCACGCCCAACGGCACUAGGCAGCACGCUACCACCACAGGAUCGCCAACAGAAUAAGAACGAUGAGAUCGACCGCGGCGGCGCUGAAUUCUUUUCCUUCUCCGAAUUACUCGGCGCCUCCACACCAAGCAGCGACGUCAGUGAAUCUCAAUCACAACCCUCAUUGUCCGGCGGUUCGUCGUCCAUUCCCGACACCACUUCCAACAGUACGGGGGCGUUCAAUACCUCCGAGGGAGGGCCGCUCUCCGAGUACUACGACCAUUCGUUUUCCAUUUACGAAGCGAUCCCUUCCUCGCACCUUCCGCACUUCUCGGACUCGAUCACCCCCGGGACGCCAACCUAUGAAUCCAACGAGGAGAUGUUUUCGCCGCAACAGACGACCCCGGGCACGCCAGGCGGGAUCAUUAGAACCCCCUCGCAGAGACGAUUAAGUCAAGCGCCGCGGCCGAAAACGCUGAGCGAGUUGCAGGAUAUCCCGAACGCCAGAUAUCUGCAACACAUCUCGCCGCAGACCAUGACGGUAAACUUGAUAGUGGGCAUCAUCUCGAUCGCGCCGCCAAGGACGGUCAUCACGGGAGCGAAAUACGGCAGACCGAAGGAUGUGGACCUGGUAGAGAUGAUUGUGGGUGACGACACGAAAUCCGGGUUUCCCAUCUCCAUGUGGUUACCAAAAGAAAUGCGGGUGAACUGGAAAGACGGAGCCAACGCGAACCCCGAAGGCAGUCGAAGUGUGCUACGUCGAGGUUUGCGGUUUAUGAAACCGCGCGACGUGGUGUUGCUCCAGAACGUGGCGCUCAGCUCCUUCCGAGGGAAAGUGCACGGCCAGAGUUUGAAGGGCGACGUCACCAAGAUUGAUCUGCUAUUUCGGAAGAAAGUGGACGACGACGAUCUGAGUGGAAUCUACUCAGUGAGUAACCUGCGUACGGCCAACGUGGGCAAGGACCCGCAGGUGCUGAAGGUGAAGAAAGUGAGGGAUUGGCUGGUGGAGUUUGUGGGUGAGCGAGAGGGAGCUGUGGGGGGUGGUGGCGGUGGACUAGCCCUUCCGGGAGGGAGGAGAGGGAGGAAGAACAAGGCUGGAUACGGCUAUGCAUUUUUACCUGAUGAUACCCAAUGA